ACCUUACAUGAAAUGGACAGACAAUUUCUUACACUUCACAUCUUGCAAGUUGUUCCAUAUUAAAACUAUUGAUCGUUUCGUUGGCAUUCUUAAAUUCGCGAUCAACUGUGUGUUACACGAAAAAAUGUUAUUCGGAGCCACGAAAAACAUGAGCCACACUGUCUUGUAUCGGAUCGACAAACAAGCCUUAUUUCCAGCUGAUACGUUUUCUUCUGUAUUUUAUGUCCUUUACCAUCACAUGUUUAUCCUGAACACUAUUUGGGCGAAUGACUUUUCCCCGACUUCUAGGUUUGAUUUGUCUUUGUGCUUCCAGUGAGCUGAAAGAGGCGCACCUCAACAGGCAGCCCCUGCUAAUCGAGCGCCUAUAGCGCAAGCGGAAGAGCUACAAGAUGGCGCAGGCAAUAUUUGAAGUGCUAGAAGGCAUGGACAACCAGACGGUGCUGGCGGUCCAGUCUCUGCUGGAUGGCCAAGGCGGAGUUCCUGACCCGAACAACCAGAACGUUUCGGGAACGUCCACCAUCCAGUCAAUGGACGACGAGGAUGUGUUCCUGUGUGGAAAGUGUAAGAAACAGUUCAACUCUCUGCCAGCCUUCAUGACACACAAGAGGGAGCAGUGCCAGUCCAGUGCGCCCUCCCUGUCCACAGUGUCCUUGGCCUCAACCAACGCGUACACACCCGUCCCAUCAAUCAGCUCGGGACCACAGACUCCUGCCAACAGACAGGUAUCCACCUACAUCACGGUCCCUCCGUCCCCUCUGACGCACACUCUGGUCCAAGGCAACGUGCUGGUCAGUGACGAUGUUCUCAUGUCGGCUAUCUCAGCCUUUACCUCCAUCGACCAGCCCAUGGCCACCAUGCAGACGCCUAUACAGAGUAACUUGAGCAUGCACACAGCUGGUGUAUCCUAUCUGCAGCACCAUCAUCACCAUCAUCAUCAUCACCAUCAUCACCAGCAGCAGCAGCAGCAGCAGCAGCAGCAGCAGCAGCAGCAGCAGCAGCAGUCGUCCCACCCCCUGCCCUCCAGCCAGGCUCCAGCACACCCCCUGCCAGCUGGACAGCCCUCGCAGCAGUCGCUCUCUUCACAAGUCCCAGUGAGCCACAGCAACUCAGUGGUCCAGGUGUACAGCGCACUGCCCCAUAUGGCUGGGGGUGGUGGUGCAGAGAUCCACACGCUGGGCCUGCAGCCCUUCCAUCCUGUACAAGUGCCCAGUCAGUGUGUGGAGAGCCAGUCGUUCACCACGCCUCCUGUCUACAGCCCCGGGAAGCAGUGCACCAAAACAAAGAUCUGCAGCAUCACCACCAACCUGACAGAGCUGGGCGACUUUGAAAAGGUCAUCAUCCCCAAACGACCAAGGAGCAGCAAAAAAAGCCCAGACGGAGCGACAGCAGAGCAGCUGAAAGGAAAAGGUCCAAAGCUGAAGUGUAAUUUCUGCGACAAAAUCUUCUCCAAAAACUUUGAUCUUCAGCAGCACAUUAGAAGUCACACAGGAGAGAAACCGUUCCAGUGCAUCGUCUGCGGACGAGCCUUUGCCCAAAAGUCCAAUGUGAAGAAACACAUGCAGACACACAAGGUGUGGCCUAUGGGAGUGGCCAGCACAGUUUCAAGAUUACCAAUCACAGUAAAGGUGGUACCAAUGCCAUCCAAUGAAGAGGAGGGAGGCGGGGAGCAGCAGCAGCAGCAGCAAGGUGAAGUGGAGGAAGAGGGGUCACAGCAGCCGAACAUUCAAACACAAGCAGAAGAGGAGGCAGCAGCUCAAACAGAAGCUCCACAGGAGCUGGAGGAAAGUGUGACGGAGGCUCAGGCCGAUCCAGAGGGCAGCCGAGGGGAAGCCAUGCAGAACGGCCAUCCCCAGGUACAGAUGCAGUCCAGCCAGAACCCACAGUGCCAAGCUCCAACCAAGCAGAUAGUCGUGAUCGACAGCUCCUACCAGUGCCAGUUCUGCGCCAGCAAGUUCAAGACCUACUUCCAGCUCAAGUCCCACCUGACGCAGCACAAAGGGGAGCAGGUUUACAAGUGCGUGUUGAAGUCGUGCUCCCAGACCUUCCAGAAGUUGGAUCAGUUCCUGGAGCACAUCAGGACGCACCAGGAGCAGCUGACCUACCGCUGCCACCUCUGCAGCAAGGUGUUCCCCUCACUGUUUGAACUGGGGGUCCACCAGUACUCCCACUGCUUCUGCCCGCAGCAGAACACGCGCAAGGAGACCACCGUCUACAGGUGUGCGAAGUGUCAGAGCAGGUAUUCUACCCAGGAGGCACUGGAGCAACAUCUGCUGACGGCCUCACACAGCUUCCCCUGCCCACACUGUCAAAAGGUUUUCCCGUGUGAAAGGUACUUCAGACGCCACCUCCCCACUCACGGCAUCGGAGGGAGGUUCAAGUGUCAGAUCUGCAAGAAGGCCUUUAAGACAGAGCACUACCUCAAGCUGCACACCCGUAUCCACUCAGGUGAAAAGCCAUACAAAUGCUCCCUCUGUGAGGCGACGUUCAACAGGAAGGACAAAGUGAAGCGACACAUGCUCAUCCACGAACCCUUUAAGAAGUACAAGUGUCCCUUUAGGACACACGUAGGCUGCACCAAAGAAUUCAACAGGCCGGACAAACUCAAGGCCCACAUUCUGUCACAUUCUGGUAUCAAACCCUACAAGUGUCUGUUCUGUCAGAAGGCGUUCAGCCGCAGAGCUCACAUGCUCGAGCAUCAGCAGUCCCACACAGAUAACUACCGCUUCAGAUGCCCCACCUGCAACAAGGGAUUCACCAGGCAAAGCUACUACAGAGAUCACAAGUGUCCCGCCGCUGGGAACGGGACAGGAUCCGACGGAGGGACCGGAGAGGCCGAGGGAGACGAGGUCGCGGGAGAGCCGAUGGCGGAGGAGAAGGACGGAGGGGAUGACGGCAGGAGAGGCAGGUUCGCGAGAAAAGCAAAAAGGCCAAGGACUGGGGGAGACGACGGAGACAAGGACGACAGCUCAAAGGACAGCCAGGAGCACGAGGAAACACACGGGGAGGAAGAGGAGGACGAGGACGAGGAGGAGGAGGAGGAUGAAGAAGAGGAGGAGGAGGAGGAGGAGGAGGAGGAAGGACAGGGGAGGAGAGUGGAUGAGGGUUGUCAGGCUGCAAUGUCCAUCGCCUCCAUUGAGGGACAGACGGAAAGAGGGGAGGAGGAUGACGGGAUGGAACAUGGCGGCGAGGCUCUGGAGCAGAUUCAGAGCAAUGACCAAAACUGUUUGCAGCAGCCAUGUUUGUAGUUUUAAACAUCAUCUUCAUUGGAACGGGUCCAAAUACUGGACACGGACCAAACACACUCCAUUCAUUUUUUGAAAAAAAACAAAAAAAAAUCAGUAAUCUCUGGGAAAUUCUCUCAUUAUUUGUUUUAAAUUAAAACAUUAUUUAUAUUAUACACACUGCUUUUACUGCGUUCACUGUAAAUCAUUUGUGGGAUAUAGUAACUAUAUGGCCAAAAUAACCAGUGCACCAUUGUUGUGUUCCUGUGUGCAACCUUUGUGCAAAUGAAGGCACAGUGGUUCAUUUCAAAUGAUACGAUGUCAAAAGCAAUGGCAACAUUUUCCUCUGAUUUUGUGUCACAAUAACUAAUUUAUUUAAAGUUUUAAAGUAUAUUUGUGCCCAUAUAAAUGUCAUUGCAAACCCUUUUA